AUGGUGACAUCUUUCUCAGCCAUUUGGUCGCAGGGUAGUCGUAACCACAACGAAUUUGCCAAGAAGCGUGUUACAGAAGCUUGUAUUUACGACCCAGCGGCGGAAAGAGCGGUGGUGAAACGUUUGGACAAACGUCUGUUGUUGUUUGCCAUGUUUGGAAACAUGGUCAAGACGUUGGAUAACACAAACUUGGCCAGUGCAUUUAUUAGCGGUAUGGAAGAGGAAUUGCAAGUGACUGGACUGGAAUACAACUGGAUGGGGGUCGCGUUCAUGAUCGGAUAUUUGCUAAUGCAAAUCCCGUCCAAUUUGUUACUGUCGAGAGUUCGACCGUCGGUUUACCUUCCCUGUCUGGAAAUGUUGUGGUGCGUUCUUACGUUAGCGAUGGCUUGUGCCCAGUCGGUGCGCUCCGUGUUGUGCAUUCGCUUGCUCCUCGGGUUGGCAGAAGCAGGAUUUUACCCAGGGAUCAUUUUUCUCAUAGGAACCUGGUACACCAAACGCGAGCUUGGCAAACGGCUGGCGCUGCUGAAUAUUUGUGGAUCGUUGGGUAGCGGUUUGAGUGGUGUGAUACAAGCGUUCAUGCUGAAAACUAUGGAUGGUGUGUGGAAUAUCAGUGGAUGGCGCUGGAUGUUUUUCUUUGAUGCUACCAUUACUUUUAUCUUGGCACUGGUGGGUUAUCAUGUUUUACCGGAUUACCCAAAUAACACGGCCUGGUUGAGCAAAUCGGAACAAGCCAUUGCCACAGGACGAACAGAAAAAGAUGGAAAAGAGUUCAAGCGUAACGGACAGUUUCUUGCCCCUUUGAAGAAAUUAUACAGUAAUCACUACUUGUAUCUUUUCAUGGUUGGUUGGGCGUCUCUUCAUAUUGCGUUGGGAGCUUGCACAGUGCUCGGAAUUGUUUCAAAAAAGCUGGGAUACGGGGCGGUAACAGCCAACUUACUGGGCGGGCCUGAUACGCUUAUUACAAUGAUAGCUGGGGUUUGCAACGGCUUCUCUAGCGAUUACUUUCAAACAAGAAUCUGGUGCAUCUUGAUUCCGGCGACUGUGGGCUUGAUCGGAUGUUGUAUGCUGUCUGUGUUUGUCCAGCCGUUUGGACUACUGUACUUUGGCUUCAUUUUAACGCAUGCCGGUCUUGGUUGCGUGUCUUCGAUCAUCAUGACCUAUGCCACCGAGACGAUAUCCAAGAAUGCAGACAUACGUGCAAUGGCCAUAGCGAUAAUGAAUACUUCGUCUUCCUCGAUGUGGCUGUGGACUCCGCUCGUGUUAUGGCCCGUUACUGAUGCCCCUUACUACCGUAUGUUCGCGAUGUUGAUUCUCGAUGAUACGUAA